AUAUAUAUAGAUAUAUAUAUAUAUAUAUAUAAAUAUAAAUAUUAUUAAUAUGACUGGAUCAGCAGUGCAAGUGAUAAAUACAUCAGAUGAACACACAUUCGUCCUCAACGAGGAUGCGCUCAGUGAAGUGCUGAUGCAAGAUGAGAUCAAAGAUCGUUAUGUAUGUGUUGUUUCAGUAGCUGGAGCAUUUCGGAAAGGCAAAAGUUUCUUACUAGAUUUUUUUCUGCGGUAUAUGUACUCAAAAUAUGUACGGCACGAUGUAACAGAUUGGUUAGGUGAUGAAAAUGACCCGCUGGAAGGUUUUUCAUGGCGAGGCGGUUCAGAACGUGAUACCACCGGUAUACUUAUGUGGUCCGAUAUUUUCCUGCAUGAUUAUCCGAAUGGUGAUAAAAUUGCCAUUAUCUUGCUUGAUACACAAGGUGCAUUCGACAGUCAGAGUACUGUACGUGAUUGUGCCACUGUUUUUGCGUUAAGCACGAUGCUUUCGUCUGUACAGAUAUAUAAUUUGUCACAAAAUAUACAAGAGGAUGAUUUGCAGCAUUUGCAACUUUUUACAGAGUAUGGACGUUUAGCGUUAGCCGAUACAGGCAAGAAACCCUUUCAGCGUUUACAAUUUCUGGUUAGAGAUUGGAGCUUUCCAUAUGAAGCAGAAUAUGGUGCCGUUGGUGGUGAUAUAAUACUUAAACGUCGUUUAGAAGUAUCAGAUAAACAACAUCCUGAACUGCAGUCCUUACGUCGUCAUAUAUCAUCAUGCUUCAUGGAAGUUGCUUGCUUUUUAAUGCCACAUCCUGGUCUUAACGUUGCCACAAAUCCACAUUUUGAUGGUCGUCUCAAAGAUAUAACUCCCGAAUUUAAACAAAGCUUACGAUCAUUUGUACCUAUGCUUUUGUCACCAGAUAAUUUAGUUUAUAAAGAAAUUAGUGGGCAACGAGUGCGUGCUCGUGAUUUAAUACAAUACUUCCAGUCAUAUAUGUCCAUUUACAAAGGAAAUGAGCUACCCGAACCGAAGAGUAUGUUAGUGGCCACUGCCGAAGCUAAUCAUUUAACAGCAGUUGCUGCCGCUAAAGAACUUUAUAAUCAACUGAUGGAAGACGUAUGUGGAGGCAAUCGGCCGUACUUAAGCACAGGACACUUAGAUGCAGAACAUUUGCGUGUAAAAGACAAAGCACUAUUUCAGUUCGCUGCUAAAAGAAAAAUGGGUGGCGAAGAAUUUACUGAAAAAUUCCGAAUACAAUUAGAUCAAGAUUUGGAAGAUAUAUACGCUAAUUAUAAAUCGCACAAUGAAAGUAAAAAUAUAUUUAAAGCAGCCAGAACGCCGGCAGUAUAUUUCGCUUGUGCAGUUAUAAUGUAUAUAUUAAGUGGUAUAUUUGGUUUAGUUGGCUUAUAUGCUUUUGCAAAUUUCUGCAAUCUAAUUAUGGGUGUCGCAUUGCUCACAUUAGCGCUGUGGGCGUAUAUAAGGUAUAGUGGUGAAUUAAGUGAAAUUGGUGUGAAGUUAGAUGACUUUGCGACGUUUAUGUGGGAUAAUUUUAUGAAACCCAUUUAUCAGGGCUGCAUGGAGAAGGGUAUACAACAUGUGGCAACGCAUGCGGCUGAAGCAGCUGUAGGUGGUCGUUCAUCGUCUCCUAUGCAAAACGGCAAAGUUAAAAAAUCAUGAGAAUACGCCAAAACUUCCGCGACAACAGCAGCGAAAUUAAGUAAUCCCAACAAGUCAUCGCUGCCACCUCAAACACAACAUCAACAAACACUUAAAUAUAAUAAAAAGCAGCAUCAACAACAACUACAACAACAAAACGAAAAUCAAAAUCAAAAUCCAGCAGCUACAAACAAUAAUAAUAAUGAAAAGAAACUGCAUUCUACAACAACACAUGCUGCCAAAAUAGGUCUACUAAGUACUAUUUGGAAUC